GUCGUCCUGGUGGUUAUUUGUACCCCAAAGUUGCGCUGCGUUCGCUCCCUUCUCGUUUCCGCCCCAAGCAGAGGCCCGAACCUAGGAGGCUGUAUUACCUAAUCUCGUUUGGAUUCACUAAUGGCUUCAGACCAGAUCAAGCCUAGAGAUGUAUGUGUUGUUGGUGUUGCACGAACACCUAUGGGUGGCUUUCUUGGUGCUCUGUCAUCUUUGUCUGCCACCAAACUUGGGUCUGUAGCAAUUGACUGUGCUCUUAAAAGGGCGAAUGUUGCUCCAGCUCUUGUACAAGAAGUCUUCUUUGGCAAUGUUUUAAGUGCCAAUUUGGGGCAGGCUCCUGCUAGACAGGCUGCAUUAGGUGCUGGAAUUCCAAACACAGUGGUCUGCACCACCAUUAACAAAGUAUGUGCAUCUGGAAUGAAAGCUACAAUGUUGGCGGCACAAAGUAUCCAGUUGGGUAUCAAUGAUGUUGUUGUGGCUGGUGGCAUGGAAAGCAUGUCAAAUGCCCCCAAGUAUAUUGCAGAAGCAAGAAAAGGAUCUCGAUUUGGACAUGAUACUCUUGUUGAUGGGAUGCUUAAAGAUGGUCUAUGGGAUGUGUAUAAUGAUUUUGCCAUGGGAAUGUGUGCUGAAUUAUGUGCUGAUCAUCAUUCAAUCACAAGAGGAGAGCAGGAUUCUUAUGCCAUUCAAAGCAAUGAGCGUGGAAUAGCUGCUCGAGAUAGUGGUGCCUUUGCAUGGGAAAUAGCUCCGGUUGAGGUUUCUGCUGGUAGGGGAAGACCAUCGGUAAUAAUUGAUAAAGAUGAAAGUCUGGACAAAUUUGAUCCUGUGAAACUGAGGAAGCUCCGGCCAAGUUUUAAAGAGAAUGGUGGUACUGUUACAGCUGGGAAUGCCUCUAGCAUAAGUGAUGGUGCUGCUGCAUUGGUUUUGGUGAGUGGAGAGAAGGCACUAGAAUUAGGAUUGUCAGUCAUUGCAAAGAUCAGAGGAUAUGCUGAUGCUGCUCAGGCUCCUGAGCUAUUUACAACAGCACCAGCACUUGCAAUACCAAAAGCUCUCUUGAAUGCUGGCUUGGAGGCUUCUCAAGUUGAUUAUUAUGAAAUAAAUGAAGCUUUCUCUGUUGUGGCCCUAGCAAAUCAGAAGCUUCUUGGGCUUCCUGCUGAAAAAGUUAAUGUCCAUGGUGGAGCUGUAUCUUUAGGACAUCCUCUAGGCUGCAGUGGAGCUCGCAUUUUGGUGACCUUGUUAGGGGUUCUCAAACAGAGAGAUGGUAAAAUUGGAGUUGCUGGCGUUUGCAACGGGGGCGGGGGAGCUUCUGCUCUUGUUUUAGAGCGCGUAUAAGCAGUUCCAAUUUGGCAUCAUGGAGGACUGCUGGAGUGGAGCGGUCUUUGUUAUGAAUUUAUUUUUUCUCAUAUUUUUGUUGGUCGUCUGAUGCUUGUUGUGCCAAAAAUGGUCUGAGUACUCGUAGAAGUGAAUUGAAUCAAAACCUGUAGAUCAAUCUAUGCCAGUUUUAUUCUUAGAUUAGCAUCUUGUUUUGGAUUCGGAUUCAAGAAGGAAAAGGAUGCAUAUUGCUGGCA